AUGGCACAGGACUACACAGAAUGGCUGGCGAUCAAUGUGCUGAACGAGCAGCAGCUCAUCAGCUAUCGUUCGUUGAGCCGAGCUUUGAAAGUGCACAGUAAUCUGGCUAAGCAGAUGCUCUACGAUUUCCACCACAAGCAGAACGCAAAGAAGCCUGGAUCUGUACAUGCUACAUACCUCAUCACUGGCACGAAGAUCAAAGAGGCACCGCUAGCGAAUGGAGGGCAUAGUCAGCACGAUGGCGAGGACACAGUCAUGCAGAGCAGUCCACCGUUGCCUAGCAGUUCUGCACCGCAAACCGAAGAACAACAUCAUGAGCCCAUAGAGGUGCGGACGGUCAUGCUGGCAAAGGAGGAGCAUCUGGAAAAUGCCAAAGCGAGUUUCGAGAGCGUCACAGGUAUACACAUCUACAGCCUGCAGGCCAAGGGUCUCAGCGAUGUCCGGGUCCUGACCGAGUGCAAUCGGAAAAUCGCCGCAGACUAUGCUUCGGAAGACCCUUUGGAGGCCUGGAAGCAGUAUGGUACGAUUCAGAACUCGAAUGUGAAGCGAAGGACGCAGCGUCGACAGCCACCGCCACCGCCUGCCGCUACAGCCGGAGCUACUAAAGCAAAAGUUGCGACUACCACAAAACCAGCUCCCCUGGACAAGCAAGCCUCUAAAGAAUCGCAAGAGUUAAAGCCAGCGUCGAGACCUACGCUUGCGAAAGCAACACCAGAGCCGAGCAAGAAGCCAGCUACGACGAAACGGCAGAAUUCUGACAUCUUCAAGUCCUUUGCCAAAGGCAAGACUAAGGAGCAGGAACAAGAAUCCCAAAGCUCUGCUGAGCCAUCGCCCAAGCCGCCUGCUGAAGACGAACCAAUGGCCGACUUCUCAAACGAGGAGAGUGGAGAGGACGUAGACGAAGCUGAUGCAAUGGAGACGGUUGUGAAAGGCCCAGAAGGCAAGUCGAAGGAAAAACGCGAAGCAGAUCUGCAGGCUAUGAUGGACCAGGAGGAUGAGAUGAUGGACGAUGCUGCUGAGGCUGCUCCAGAAGUCGAUCAAGAUGAGGGAGCUAUUGACAAGCCUGACUCACAGACUGCAGAAGAGCCUAAAGAGACAGUGGAGGUCGAGAAUGGACGAAGACGUGGCAGAAGACGAGUGAUGAAGAAGAAGAAUUUCAAGGACGAGGAUGGGUAUCUUGUCACGAAGGAAGAAGCAGCCUGGGAGUCCUUCUCAGAAGACGAGCCACCGGCCAAGAAGAUCAAGGGUCCGUCUGUCACGACUAUGCAACAGCCUAAGCAAGUUGCUGGUGGCAAGAAAGCUGGCAAACCUGGUCAAGGCAAUAUCAUGUCGUUCUUUGGGAAGAAGUGA